UGCCACCAGGGAAGCCCCCAAUACAAUUUUUUAAAGCCCAUUUAUUUUGGUCACCAAAGACUAGCAAAUUAGUCUGUAUUUUUACUAAGUUAUAUGUAAUAUUGAAGCUAAAUCAGUCUCAGGCCAGGUCCUUUAGUAAUUAAGGUUCUGCAUUUAGUUUGAAAAGCAACAGUUUAUAAUACCUUGCCCUUCCUCCUCUCUGUUGGUUAAAGUAUACUCACUUUUUGUAGUUCUUUGGAUUGUGUUUUUAAAAAUUCUAUGAAUCCCUUCUACAAUAGAAACAAUUGGAUAAUUGGAAUGGCAGGAAAGAAUUUCAUGCCCUGACGUCAAAGUUAAACUACUGUUUGUAUCUUCUAGGUGUCUAUCAGGAAUACUUCAAAAGUUUUUUCAAAGAUAAACCAGUAGAUAUAUCAGCACUUUGCAAAGCUAAACUUGCUUUGCAUUAUCCUUUUAUGGGCUCUGUUCAUCGAGUUUCUUCCCCCUGUUCUCCAGAUAGUUUCUAUGACAGUUAUUGUAAAUUUUUUUAACUUUUAUGGCUUAGGUUACAUUAAGUUAUUCGGGCUUGCAUUUGUCUGCUUGAUUUCAUUUUGUUUCCAUUCUUUCCGUCUUUUGUUUCUGUAGUCGCUAACUUACUUAUUAACAUCAGCCAAAAAAGAAAUUGAACUAAUGUCAGAAGAGCUGAGGGGUCUGAAAUCAGAGAAGCAGCUUCUUGCACAGGAGGGAAAUGCUUUAAAGUUAGAAAAAGGUUCACUUUUGUCAAAGCUUGUAGAGGUGGAGGCCAAAAUAACUUUACUUCAGGAAGACCAACAGAAGCUAUGGUCAGUAAACGAAACUCUUAAUUUAGCAAAGGAGAAAGUCUUAGAGGAAAAGCAAGAUGCUGAAAAGCUUUAUCAGCAGGAACAGCUCAAUAAAGCAGCUUUGGCUGUUGAGAGAGAGAAAUUACUUAAAGAAAUCAAUAACGCACAGGAAUAACUCUUGAAGAUGAAUAUGGAAAAUGAGUCUUUGCAGGCUUCCAAAGCAAGCUUGCAGGCACUCACAGAGGAACUCCAGUUCAGCCGAGAUAUUUUGAUGGCUGAGUCUAAGAAGAAUCUGGAAGAAAAAGAUCACCUGGAGGAUCAUAUCAAGAAGCUUGUAACUGAAAACCUUGCGUUGGCUGAAGAUAAAGAUGAAAUUAUUCAGAAGCUUCAGAACGCCUAUGAGGAGCUAGUGAAAGAUCAGAAAAACUUGGUGCAGGAGAUGGAAAAUCUCACAACUGAGAAAAAGUCAGCUUUGGAGAAACAGUCAGGUCUUGAUAACAUGUGCAUAGCCUUAAAGGUCGAAAGAGACCAUCUCCUCCAAAACAGCAAAGAUCUGCAGUUUGAGAAGGACAUGCUGCUUCAAGAUCAGGAAAAGCUGAAUGCCAGCCUGGAGGCUGCCCUCCAGGUCAAACAUCUGCUCAGCACGGAAGCCAGUGGGCUCUGCGCGCAGCUGCAGGAGGCCAGCAAAGCUCUGAGGGAGGCCGAGCUGGAGACUCUGCACCUUCAGGCCACAAACACAAGUCUCACCAAGCUGCUGGAAGAAAUUAAGACCAGUCGGGAGAUCACAGACUCCGAGUGCAUCCAGCUUCUGCAUGGAAAAGAAACCUUGGCCUCAUCUGAGAGAAGGCUCUUGGCCCAAAAAGAAGAACUUCUAAAUGAAAAUAGGCUCAUCACUGAAAAACUCAACAAAUGCUCGGAAGAGGCUGCCCACAUCGAGAUGAACCUGAACGAGAAGAUCACUUACCUAACUUCUGAGAAGGAGAUGGCUUGUCAGAAAAUCACUAAGCUCAAAAAGCAGCAGGAUCGUCUCUUGAAAGAAAAAUCUGUACUGGAAACGCAAAAUACAGAUUUACUUGCAGAAAGAGAGAAUUCCAUCAAAGCCAUAGAAGACCUUAAAAAGAAAUACGAUCAAGAGUCUGCAAACAGAAGAAUCAUUGUGCACGAGAAGAUGAAACUGCUCCGUAAUCUUGAUGCUCUGAAGAAAGAGCUUCAAGAGAGAAAAAAGGAAAACCAAGAACUCGCAGCCACCAAGUGUGAUCUCGCUUUGAUGCUGAAAGAGGCUCAAAAUGCCAAAAAGACUCUAGAAAAAGAACACACUAACAUACUGCAAGCAAAGGAGAGUUUGAACGCUGAACUCAAGGCUUGCUGUUCCGAAAAGAAUAUCUUGCUGAAGGAUGGGUUGAACCUGCAAGAAGAGUGUCAGAAGUUAAAUGAGAAGAUCCACAUGAUGCAGCAGUCCCUAAUCCUGGAGAAAGAAGCCAGGACCCAGGACAAAGAGUCAUCCUUGUAUGAAAACAACAGACUCCACGGGAGAGUGGCGCUCCUGGAGCAGGAGGUGGAGGCUCUGAGAGUGCGCACCAAGGAGCUCCAGUCCGAGAACUCUCUGCUAAUCCAAGACAAGACCAACUCAGAGCAGAAAGUGGCGGAGAUUGUUAAGGAGAAGGAACUCUUGAGUGCAGAGACGGCUCAACUGGCCACCAACAUAGAGACUCUGAAGAGCGAUUUUGCUGCCUUAUCCAAAUCCAAGCUGGAACUGCAGGAGCUGCACAGCUACCUCACCAAGAUGCUGGAUGACCUGCGGCUGAACCACGAGGUGACCCUGGCCGAGUGGGCCAGGGUGAUGCAGGACAACAAGAACCUCCUGGCUGAGAAAAGAGAGAUGAUGCUGAAAAAGGACGAGCUCCUGAAGGAGAAGGAGAAGCUGGCCAAAAGCUACUUCAUCCUUCAGAAAGAGAUCAGCCAGUUGGCCAAAACCAACAGCCAUAUCUCAGUCAACCUCCUAGAAUCUCAAAAUGAAAACCGUAUUUUGAGGAAAGACAAGAGCAAGCUCGCUCUUAGAAUUAGAGAGCUCGAGACUCUGCAGUCCUUUACGGUAAACUGGGAGGUUCAAGUGUUGAGCACCUGGCCUAACCCUGUGCACUAACCCUGCAGUGGCUGAGGGAUUUGUCUUCAUUUCUGCAGAAGGAAGCCCACCCCAUUUAAUCACUGGCUUAGAUAUCUCAAGCUCUUUGUCGCCACCUGAAAGGGCAACUCUUUACUAAAUGUCUAAUUGCAGUUGUCCCUCUCCAUUAGAAAAAAUUGCAAACUGUGAAUAAAAAGGAUAGAUUUUUUUUUAUGUAGGGAGAACUUUUUGUGAAAAAGGCAACCGUGGUUCUUAAAGGCUUAAGAACAAGUAAAAUGGGCACAUGUUAAAACAAAGUAUCUUCUAUGUGACUUUUAAUUGUUUCAUUGUGUGUAUUCCUUCCGAAUUGGAAGAUUCCAGGGAAACCUCCACAGUUGGUAACAGGGAAGGUAUAAAGGCAGAAUUGCCAUAAACUUUGUUAGACCACAUGAAAUUGUAAGCAAGUGCCUAAAAAGAUUUUAAUUCACUUAGGUGAUUUUCUUCAGUAUCUUAUCAGCUAAGGCUUUGUUUCCAUAUGCAUGUUAUCUUUUUUAUUCACAGCCAUGCUUAUGUUCAUUACCUACAGCUUCUCAUCGACUUUGUCAUUCAGUGCUUCUCAUUAAACACUUGAGCCUUACACUGUAAUUGCCCAAAUAAUUUUUAUUUUUGAGAAGUUCCCAACCUAAAUUCCAAGUGAUCUCAAAAGCCCCAAAUUUGAGAUAGCAAGAAUAGUAUUUUAAAUUUUUAACAAUAAAUAUGAUGAAGAGAAACAUUCGGCCACAUAAGGAUGUUACUCUUUAUUAUUGCUAAGCAUUUCUCUCCAACAUGAGUCAGAAUAGUGAGCACUGUUGUUAGUGGAACUUGGAACUUAGAAAAUGUAGGUUUAGAGGGGUCUGAAAAUACACAAAUUGCAUAUUACAGUUGGCCUGUUGAAAACAUGGCACAAAAAGGGUCUAUAACUUUGUUCUGCUUCAGAGUAAAAACCUUUGAUGUCUUGGUCUGUCUGCUUCGGCAUGGGAUCAGCGACUGGCUCACCGUCUCUGUGUGAUUCCCUUCACCACACAGACCCUGAGCCCAUGGCCUGAGUGUUAGUCACCUCCCCGCGUUGGUGAGGGGUGCCCUCAUUUCUCACAGUGCUUUCUCGU